UGGCUCUCAAACAAUAGAAAGUGGUAUGUACCAUCAUGGUCUCUACGAUAGGUACAUUUCCCUACGAAGUCAAAGAUGGUCAUUUCUACUUUGCAUUUAUAAAACACAGUUUCUUCGCGUGUCGAUCAAUAUAUGUGGAUGAAUUCAUCUGAAAAUCUGCCGUCAACUCAACUUCGCCCGUUGUACUGUCCGUUGCGUUAGAUUGUGCCCCCGGGAUCCCUUUUUGAAGGGGAAUUGUGCCUUGAUCCUUCGCUGCUACCUUUCUAACGGGAUUCAUUUUGCCCCGGCUAUAUGAUAACCACAGCAUGGAAUGAGGCUGGAUAUUUGAAUUGAUUGAAACAGCGAAUUGCACUGUACUGCAGUAGAGAUGACAAGAACAUAGGAGGAAUUGAACAAACAUUUAAGCAGGAAGCGGUCUCCUGCAUGCCGGAGAAAGCAGUAGAUGUCCUGAUCCAGUUUGGCACCAAAUACGUGUGGUAGCCGUGGUCUCCCAGGAUGCCGUUGGUGAAGAGGAGUAUCGAGCCCAGGCACCUGUGCCACACAGUGCUGCCGCGGGCCAUUAAGAAUGAGCUGGAGUGUGUGACCAAUGUGUCCCUAGCUAACGUCAUACGGCAGCUCAGCAGCCUCAGUAAGUAUGCAGAGGACCUGUUUGGGGAGCUAUUCAACGAGGCCCACUCCUUCUCCUUCCGGGUCAACUCCCUGCAGGAGCGCGUGGACCGCCUCUCUAUCAGCGUCACACAGCUAGAUCCUAAAGAGGAGGAGCUAUCCCUCCAGGACAUCACUAUGAGGAAGGCGUUUAGGAGCUCCACCAUCCAGGACCAGCAGCUGUUUGCCCGCCAGUCGCUGCCCAUCCCCCUGCAAGAGACCUUUGACCUCUGCGAGCAGCCGCCACCCCUCAACAUCCUCACACCCUACAGGGAUGAUGGUAAGGAGGGGCUGAAGUUCUACACCAACCCCUCCUACUUCUUUGACCUGUGGAGAGAGAAGAUGCUGCAGGACACAGAGGACAAGAGGAAGGAGAAGAGGAAACAGAAGUUGCAGGACCCCCACCUGUAUGAUCAGGUCUAUAGGUACUUAGACCUCCCAGGACAGGUUAGGGGAAACGACCGUACUCUGGAGACUGAGAAGAUCCCGCGGGCGCCUCACGACCGGAAGAAGGAGUGGCAGAAACUGGCGCUCGGGGCGGAGCUAGCUGAGGACGACCCUGAAGAGGCCCUGAAACACAGAGAGCCUAAUGGCUCCGCUCCCUACCACGACAGGUCUGGAGCUCCUAGUUACUUGGAUGGGAUGGACGGGCCAUUCUCCCUAGCAGCGCUGCCCUACAGCCAGAUGAAUGAGCUGCUGAACCGCCCUGGGGACAGAAUGUACACACGACCCCAUGACCCCCCACCACCACCCCCUAUGCACCAUCUGGGAGACAUCAAACCCCCCUCCAUGAUCAGCUCCAGUUCAGGUUUUUCAGACAGCAGACCCCAAUCUCCAGCACAGACUCACGGCUUCAACUCCAACACACCUCCCCCUCCGCCACCUCCCUUGCCCCCUCCACCUCCUCCCUUGCCUUCCAUGUCUGGUUUUGGCCCUCGGGGCACCCCUCCUCCUCCUAUUCCUCCUCUACCCAUCCAGCAGCAGCCCCCGGCCAUCCCCCCUCCUCCUGCACCUCUCCAGAUCGCCCCUGGCGUCCUCCACCCUGCCCCUCCCCCAGUGGCACCUCCCCUCCACAUCUCCUCCCCAGCCCGUCUCCAGCAGGUCCUGGACAGGGGCCCGACCCCUGGCCAAUCAGAUGGCACCGUGCUGCCUCCUCCGCCCCCUCCCCCGCCCCUCCCAGGAGUACGGAGCUCCUCCCCCUGCCCGCCGGGCCCACCCCCCGUGCCUUCCUUCCUGUCAGGUGCCAUGGCGUCCCCGCUCUCUCACUCAGGGGGGAAGAAACACUCCGCCAACCUGCCGCCCAUCAGCGAUGCACGCAGUGUCCUAUUGGAGGCCAUCCGCAAAGGUAUCCAGCUCCGGAAGGUGGAGGAGCAAAGAGAGCAGGAGGCAGCCAAACACGAGCGUGUUGGGAACGACGUGGCCACCAUCCUGUCUCGACGCAUUGCCGUCGAGUACUCCGACUCAGAGGACGAGUCCGAGUUCGACGAGGGAGACUGGAUGGAGUGAAUGAGAUGGAGGGAGAGGAAAAGAAAAGAGAGGGGGACAAAAGGCAGAACUGUCACCCAACUGUACCCCCUUUAGAGAUGUCAGAAUCCAUCCUUACAACCACUAUCCUCUGUCAGUCCUGUUUUACCCCCUCACCUGUCAUCCUCUACACCUCUCUCUCUCUCGCCCUCUUGCUCUCUCUCCCCCUCUUUCUCACUCCCCAUUCUUUCUAUCCUCUCUCCCCCUAUUUUUCCUCCAUCUCUCUCUUUUUCUCUCUCUACACCUCCCU